UUUAAAAAAAUGCUAAAACAUCGGUAUUGUUCGUGCCGUGUAAGUCACGUGAUCGCUUCAGUUUUAGCGCGAGUUUUUAGACGGAUUAGCUGAUUAGCAAGCGGCGCUACUUUUCUCAGAACAAGAUUUUUUUAUCGUCAUGGAGACGCUUCAGAGUCUUCCAGCCAGCAGCACACACAGUGUUGGGGAUGUAAAACACUGUGAAAAAGAGACAAAUAAAAGGAAAAUUUCCAGAGAUGUUGAGAUGGACAUUGAAUAUCUGUAUGAAGUUGUGCCACAGCUCUCCAGAGUUUUCCGAAUUACUGACAAAAUUGGAGAAGGUACGUUCAGUUCCGUGUAUCUCGGCGAAGCCCAGACGAGCGACGGGACGAGAGAGAAGUUUGCGCUGAAGCAUCUGAUCCCUACGAGUCACCCGGUGCGCAUCGCCGCAGAGCUCCAGUGUUUAACCGUCGCUGGCGGUAAAGAAAACGUGAUGGGAGUGACGUACUGCUUCAGGAAGGACCACCACGUGGUGAUCGUCAUGCCCUACGUGGAGCAUCAGGCCUUCGUGGAUAUCGUUGACACGCUGAGUUUCGAGGAGGUUCGUCAGUAUAUUUAUCAUUUACUCAAAGCCUUGAAGCACAUCCACGAGUUCGGCAUCAUCCACCGGGACAUCAAGCCGACCAACUUCCUGUACAACCGGCGGGAGAAAAAGUACGCGCUGGUGGAUUUCGGCCUGGCUCAGGGAACUCCUGACACUCAGAUCGAGCUGUUAAAGGUGGUGAAAUCUCAGAAAGCUCAGAAAGAGUCACACGGGAAACAGGCACUGGUUCCUUUACCACCUCACACGAGGAGCUGUGCGCCGCACUCUUCCACAAAAGCGGCAGUGAAAAGACCGUGUCCAAACUCGCGCACUAAACACAGCAAGGAGCUGAUGGGACUUUGUAAAACGCCUCGUUCCGUGUUCGGCGAGAGAAACCUCAACAGCAUAAACCCUACUAAGUCUCCCACAGAUAAACCCGAAGUACAUGUGAUAAAACCUACAAAGACCGACGAUGUCAUCGCACGCAAGUUCGUCUCCACCAAACGCCGCCCUCUUCCUGCGCGGGCACCGGUGACCAGCCAGAAGACGAAACCCGUGACGCUCAACCCAUCUCUUACCUGUAACUGCUACAUGACCGACCGCAUCUGCAACAUCUGUCUGUCCAGGAAGCAGCAGGUGGCUCCGAGAGCAGGAACGCCGGGAUUCAGGGCUCCUGAAGUGCUGACCAAGUGCCCUGACCAAGGAACCGCUAUUGACGUGUGGUCAGCCGGCGUCAUCCUGCUCUCCCUCCUGAGCGGCAGAUAUCCGUUUUUCAAAGCCAACGACGACCUGAUGGCGUUGACUCAGAUCAUGACUAUCCGCGGCUCGAGAGAAACCAUUCAGGCAGCUAAGAAAUUUGGCAAGGCGGUGGUGUGUAGCCGCGAGCUUCCCCGACUCGACCUGAGGAUUCUGUGCGAGACGCUGAGAGGAUUGCGGCCCUGCGGUGACGACUCUCUUCCGGCAGAGUUUCAGGCCUCGCGUCACCCUGCAGACGUUAAAAAAGCGCAGCCUGGCAGCCGAGCGGAGAAACGGAGCAGCGCGGAUAACGCCGCAGAAUCACACGCCAUGGGAUGGGACAGAGUUCCUGAUGAUGUUUAUGACCUGCUGGACAAACUGUUAGAUUUAAACCCAGCGACGAGAAUCACUGCAGCUACGGCACUACAGCAUCCGGUGUUUAAAGAUAUCAGGGAUGAAUAAAUAUUUAUCCAACAGUUAGUAAUCCUCAGGAGGAAAUCUCAACCAGCAGCGUGCUGGAGUUCUGUUUGUAUGAUGUAUAUGAAGAUGAAGUGCAUUAGUUCUGUAAUAUAGUGUACUAUAUGUACAUGGUGUAUAUUUAUUUAUCCAGUGUGAUGUUGAGUUUUCUGAGAUUUCAUGAAAUGGAGUUUGGCCCAAUAGGUGCAUUACAUUACAGUAACAUUUUAAUAAACAUUUUAAGAACA